CAGGCCAACAAAUCAAGUACAAUGGCAGAAGGGGCUCGAUGGCGAUUGCGGCAGCGGCGGCGCGAUGGUGAAAGGAAGAGAGAGAAAGGAGGUGGGACGACUAUGUUGUUUUACCGAUCGAUCGGGAAGUGGAGGGGACACUAUACAAAAUUACAGAGUAAAUUAUAUUAUAAUAAUUACUUCCAUUUUGGGUAUAUAAGUAUCCGGAAAUGGAGGGGACAUUAUUAACCCUAGAUUUUCAAGCUAGCGAAUAAAGGAUGAAACUAUGAAAAAGUCACAAAAAUAGGUACCUAAAGGCUAGAGCAGUGGAAGGGGGAAAUAGGAAGGGGGGUAAUUGGCCCCUCAAAUAGAUGGGCCUGAUCUCAGAAUUUACAUGCCAUGUUUGAGUGGGGGCUGGUUAAAAAUCAUGAAAAACAUAUGAUCAUGGCUUUAAGAGAUUAAUUAAUCAUAAUUACUUUUCCCAUGCCGAAAAAUCUAGGGCGUAGAUUUGGGGGACCGGUAUAGUAAUACAUUAAGUAAUGUUAUAUUCUUUUUUAUUUCAUCUUUUUAAUUUCGUUUCUUCUCAAACUUUUUUAUCGAUGAAAAAUUAGGCUUUGUUCAUUCCUUGUCAUUUUCAAGGAAUUUGACACUUUCACCAUGCCGCUCACUUGUGGCUCAUGGAAGAUUUAUCUGUGAUGAUGAUGGGUAUGAGUACAAAAUUUGACUGCUGAAAAACUAGUUUGGUACUCGCGAGGAUUCACGUAUAUAGUUCGAAAUUCAUGUCUCCCUGAAAAUAAGUGUUCCGUGUUUCAUCCCAUUAGAAUAAUACCAUAUGAGCCGGUAAGCAUAUAUUUUUUGAAGUAUUUUUAUGCAAAGGGAACCAAUUCAAGCAUACCAACACAGAUUGAACUAACAACAAUUGGCUGAAAUCUUGGGUUUUUUGGCAGAUGUUUUGGUGUUUUUCUGGGAUCUUCUUUUGUCCUCCUUCUCUUUAAACUCACGGAAGUAAAUUAUGGUAGUGAGUUCUUCCACGUCGAAAGGAUGGUACCAGAAUUUAACACAGUAAGAUCUCUCCUUUUGCUUGUCGUCCCAUGCAAGUAGAGUGAAGUAGAGCAUGAGGCCUCUAACGAUCCCCGCGCUUACCUUCACAAGUUUCACCAACUCUAAGCUUGUCUCCUGCACAUUUUUAUAUGUAUAUAUAUUGAAGACGCAUUCAAAAAAAUCAAAUCAUAGAUCUUGUAGAGGAGACAGAAGAGUAAAUACAUAUACAAUGAAAACAAAAAAGGAAAGAGAAAACAAGUUAGUUAACAUUUUCCUUGUUAUGUUGCUCAACAGCCUCCUGGAUAGUCUCUUCUUUGACCUCCCAUUCCCUCACACUUCCAGGUAUGUAUCGACGACAACAAUGAUGACGCAGUCUUGAACUCUCACCCAAACUUGGAAACACAAAAACGGAGAUCAUUUAAAAUUAAACAAAUACUCUCGUAAUAUCCUGAAAAUGAUAGCAAGUUUGUUUAUAGUAUGGUUGAUUUCAUUACUGCGCGUAACAAAAUUAUCUUUUGUGCAAUAACCUUGACCCUAACUUGUUCAGUUGAAUUUGUGCCCUCCUUGUUUUUUUAAUUCUGGCGCCGAUGUAUCUUGGAUUGCGAGAGUGUUUGUUUAAUUUGAUAUGAUUUUCGUUUUCGUGUUUCAAAGUUUGGGUGAUAGUUCAAGACUGCGUCAUCGUUGUAAUUGUCGGUACAUACCUGGAAGUGUGAGGUAAUGGGAGGUCAAACAGGAGACUAUCCAAUAUGCACAGGAGGCUAUUGAGCAACAUAACAAGGAAAAGGUUAACUAAUUUCCUUGUUUUCUCUUUCCUUUUUUGUUUUCAUUAUAUAUGUAUUUACUCCUCUGCCCCCUCUACAAGAUCAUGUGUGUAUGAUUUAAUUUUUUGAAUGUGUCUUCAAUAUGUAUACAUAUAAAUAAUGUGCAGGAGACGAGCUUAGAGUUGGUGAAACUUGUGAAGGUAAGCGCGUGGAUCGUUGGAGGCCUCAUACUAUACUUCACACUACUUGCACGGGACGACAAGCAAAACGAGAGAUCUUACCGUGUUAAAUUCUGGUACUAUCCUUUUGACGUGGAAGAACCUACUACCAUAAUUUACUUCUAUGAGUUUAAAGAGAAGGAGCGCAAAAGAAGAUCACAGAAAAACACCAAAACAUUUGCCAAAAAACUCAAGAUGUCAGCCAAAUGUUGUUAGUUCAAUCUAUGUUGGUAUGCUUGAAUUGGUUCCCUUUGCAUAAAAGCUAUUGAACUUUUAUGUCUGCACUCUUUAAAAUUUCUCUCAAUGUCUUAUGCUUAUGCUCCCUGUAUGUAUUUACUUGGGGUGAUCGUGGUACGGUAUGGUACGGUAUUUGGUUCUUACUGAUACCGUACGGUAUUUGGUUCUUAGUACAUAUAUUUGGGCGAUCUGGUAAAUCUUUAUCUGAAUGACCCUAAGUGGGUCGUGGUGGCUCUACUUUACCAGAGUAUAUACAAUGGUAUUGAUGGGUUGACAGAGACAAAAUUACAUUACAGUUGAUUAUUCGAAGUAGCUUAAAAGUAAUACUUGAGUAUUUUCAUUAUGCAAACAAGACAAUUUCAAUUCACAAAAUUUACCUACUUACAAAAUAAAUAUUUUUCGCAAAGUUUUUUUACUAUAUUUUUUCACAAGUGCUACGUCACAAUGGGUUUUACUUGUAACUCUUUAUUAAAGAUAAAUAGCUAAUGAUGAGUUUUGAUUAGUGGUUAUAGAAGAUGAGUUUUUAAAUAGUCUCCCUUUAACAUUUUGGGACAAGACCGUGUAAGACUAUGGGAUAAGACCUCAUCUUUCAUAACUCAUCUUUAGUUAUUUAUCCUUAAUAAAGAUUUGCAAGUAAAACAAGUUGUGACGUAGCACUUGUGAAAAAAUAAAAUAAAAACUUAAUAAAAAUUAUAAAUUUUGUCUUGUUUGUAUAGUAGUAAUACCUGAGUGUUACUUUUAAUAUACUUUGAACACAUCAAUUGGAAUGUAAUUUUACCUAUGUUAACCCAUCAAUACUAUUGUACUUACUAUGGUAGAGUAGAGCCUCCACGACUCACAUUGGGUUAUUCAGAUAAAGAUCCACCAGACCACCCAAACACAUGUUUCUAUUAAUGAUAUGGUUUACUAAAGAUUCUUCCUACAAAAAGUAAAAGUUAUAUUGUAUC